AUGGACGAGGCUUUGGGCAUCAUCCUGCGCCUCUUCACCGAGGACGAGCCCAUCACCUACAAGAGCGAUUGGUUCGAGCUUCGCGAGGCCAUGCUGCAACUGCGGCCCUACCAGCGCCCCUACAUGCCCCUGUCGGUGGCCUCGGUGCAGUCCCCGGCCGGCGUCGCCAUGGCCGGAAAGUAUGGAGCUUCGGUUCUGACUAUCACCGUUCCCCGCGACCCGUCGGCAGGCCCGUCCAAUCUCAAGGGUCUCUGGGACAUCGCCGAAAACUCAGCGGCAGAACACGGCCAGACGGUUGAUCGCCACGAAUGGCGCCUGGCCGUUCCCUGCUACCUGGCUGAUGACCGGGACCAAGCCCUUGAGGAAGUCAAAAUGGGCGCGGGCCGUUACCUCCGCGAAUACUCUGAGGGUACCAAUGGGCGCAAGGCAGCCUUUGAUGGCCCGCUGGAAGGUGUUGCAGAGUUCAUGAGGGACAACGGUUCCUGGAUUAUCGGUACACCCGACGACUGUAUCGAAAGCCUCAACCGCCUUGCCGAGCAGAGCGGCGGUUACGGCGGUUUCCUGGUCCAGACGAUUGACUGGGCGCCCCGUGAGAAAAUGUUGCACAGCUUUGAGCUGAUGGCCCGCUACGUCAUGCCCCACUUCCAGGGUUCCAUCAGGAGCGUCGCCGCCUCAAACCGUUGGGCCGCCGAACGCCAGGAACUCUUGGUUGGCGGCAGGGUGAGGGCCAUAGAGCGGGCCCACCAGGUAUAUGGCGAAAGGCAGGGCCCCGGCUCCCCGCAGAACGGAUCCGGACAAAACGGGUCCGGCCAGGAGAGCGUUGCGGAGGCCAAAGAAGAGGUUCCGAAACCGCAACCCGCGUCCAGCGGGUAUGGCCAGCCACAACAGUCCCUCAGCAAGGGACCCAAGACCCCGGAAGGCGAGUUUGAACUUCCCAUCCUUGAAGUCCUGUUCGACUUGGGGGGCAAGGGUUCCACCGAAGCAGUGCUGGCCGGAAUAGAGGCCAUGAUCGGAGGCUACUUCAAGGAUGUCGACCGGCAGCCAUCAGCAACAGGCGAAAUCAACUGGCGCCAAUCGGCCGAGUCCGCUCGUCAAACGCUGGCAAGUUUCGGCUUGGUCCGGGUAAACGCCGACGGAGAUGCCUGGGAACUAACCGAAGAAGGCAAGAGGGAAGCAGCCAAAGCCAAGAUUUAG